UUUUAAAGUUAUAUUGAAUUUAUUACAGCUGGCUUCAUGGAAGGUCGUGUUUAGGUUAAAGUGGGUGUAAAAAUAAAACAUCAUAUUUUAUAAUUGAAUUUACGAAAGCACAAGCAGAGGAGAAAGUAAGGAUAAGUGCCAGUAUGAGGUGGUUUCACGUAUUGGCAUUUGUGGCAGUGAUAGGAACCACCAAAACUCAAGGCAGUGAGCAGGCUGAUGCAAAGAAAUGGUUAAAAGAAUAUAAUAUUGUAUUUGGGAAGAUACUUAAUAACCAAGUUCGGGCGGAAUACACCUAUAACACCGAUAUUACAGAUGAACAUCAAAAGGAACAGGUUACAGCCAAUGUUGAAAUGGCAGCAUUCCUCAAGGAGGCUUCACAAAAUGCUUCUUCUUUUAAUUGGAAGAAAUUUAAAGAUGCUGACAUCAAAAGGCAGAUGAAGAAAAUUUCAGAUAUAGGGCCCAGUGCUCUUAAAGAACACAAGAAGGUCGAAGAGUUAAACAAAGCUCUUUCUGACAUGCAGUCCAUCUACAGUAAAGCUACUGUUUUUCUACAGAAUAAAACCAUGAAUCUGGAACCAGGUCUAACUGAACUGUUUGCGUCAUCACGUGAUUAUGAUCUGCUGACAGAAGGCUGGAAAUUAUGGCGAGAUGCUUCUGGUGCCAAAAUGAAGACACUAUAUCAAAGAAUGGUGGAGCUUAGUAAUGAAGGGUCCAAAGAAAACGGCUAUCACGAUACUGGAGCGUUCUGGAGAACUGACUACGAAGACGACAAUUUUCAGGACACGGUCGAGGAACUUCUGGUGCAGUUGAAACCUAUCUACACUGAACUACAUACCUAUAUUAGAAAGAAACUGAAGGAUUUGUACGGUGCAGAUAAAUUUCCAAAAACUGGCCAAAUUCCAGCUCAUAUUUUAGGUAACAUGUGGGCACAGACGUGGAAUAAUAUCUACAGUUUGGUAAUACCCUACCCAAAUAAACCAAGUGUAGACGUUACUGACGCUCUAAAAGAACAGAAUUUCACUGCUACCCGAAUGUUCCGAACUGCCGAACAUUUCUUUAAGUCCAUUGGCUUAGACGCCAUGCCAGCCACAUUUUGGAACGGAUCAAUGAUAGAAAGGCCAUCAGAUGGAAGGGAUGUCGUCUGCUACGCUGCAGCUUGGGAUAUGGGAGAUGGCAAAGACUUCAGAAUCAAAAUGUGUACAGAUAUAACAAUGGAAGAUUUGAUCACCAUCCAUCACGAGAUGGGUCAUGUUGAAUAUUUCUUACAAUAUAAAGAUCAACCGAGUGUAUUCCGAGACGGGGCCAAUCCAGGUUUCCACGAAGCCAUUGGAGAUACCAUAGCUCUGUCUGUUUCAACUCCAAAACAUCUUCGUAAGAUUGGUCUGUUACCUGCUGGGGAAAACGAUUAUGAAGCUGAUAUCAAUUACUUAAUGAAAAUAGCAUUAGAGAAGAUCGCCUUUCUGCCAUUUGGGUAUCUGAUAGACCAAUGGAGGUGGAGUGUUUUUAGUGGAGAAACUACACCUGAUAACUAUAACAGGAAAUGGUGGGAUCUCAGAUGUAAAUACCAGGGUAUAUCACCACCGGUAAAAAGAACAGAAGAGGAUUUUGAUCCUGGAGCGAAAUAUCACGUAGCUGCUAAUGUACCCUAUAUCAGAUAUUUUAUAAGUUUUGUAAUCCAGUUCCAGUUUCACCAAUCGCUAUGUCGGGAAGCCAAUCAAACAGGUCCACUACACACGUGUGAUAUUUACAACUCUUUACAGGCUGGUACCAAACUCAAGAAUAUGUUGAAACUGGGUAGUUCUGUACAAUGGCAAGAUGCAAUGGAACUGAUAACAGGACAGAGGAAGAUGGAGGUGGGCCCAUUAUUAGAGUAUUUCAAACCGUUGAUGGAAUGGUUGGAGAAGAAGAACGGUGGGGAUGGAGAAAGUUGGACUGAUAACUGCCCUGAUCCUUCAUCUGGUGGCAUCAGUGAUCUCGAGCAGGCCGAUAAGUUUUUAGAUAUGUAUAAUGAAAGAGAUAGUGAAAUUUGGUUUCAAUCUUCAGAACUCUCCUGGGCUUACAAUACCAACCUCACUGAUUAUAACGCACAGCGAAAGACCGAGUACAGCUUAAAAACCGCUAACUUUGCUAAAGAGGUUGCUGCCAACGCUUCUAUGUUUGAUUGGGAAAACUUUCAUAAUGAGACCAGAAAGAGACAAUUUUCAUUUGUGGCACAACUGGGGACGUCUGCUAUGAAGGAUGUUGCCAAGCUAAAACGAGUAAGUACUAUCCGAUCAUUAGAAGUAGAAAAUGAAAUGGAGUCAGUUUACAGCAAAGGAAAAGUUUGUUUAAGUGGACACACAGAAUGUAUGAGCCUUGAACCAGGCCUAACUCGCCUGUUGAGGAGUUCUAGUAACUACAGUGAGCUGACAGAAGUAUGGGAAGGUUGGAGAGAUGCUACAGGGCCUAAGAUCAGACCACUUUAUCAACAAUUUGUAGAACUGAGUAAUGAAGGCUAUAGAGCUGCCGGUUACAACGAUACAUCCGAGGCGUGGAUUAGCAAUUAUGAAACUGAGAAUUUUAAAGAAGAUCUACAAGAAUUAUUAGAACAACUCAAACCUCUGUAUCAACAACUUCAUACCUACGUUAGAGGAAAGUUAAUAGAAAAAUAUGGAAAAGAACAUUUUCCUUCCAGUGGUCAUAUCCCUGCUCAUUUAAUGGGAAAUAUGUGGGCACAGACCUGGUCUAAUAUAUUUCCUCUACUGGAACCGUACCCUGGAAAAGGUGAUGUCGAUGUCACCCCAGAAAUGUUGAACCAGAACUAUACGGUUGAAAGAAUGUUUAGAACUGCGGAGGAAUUUUUUCUGUCACUUGGUUUGAAGAAAAUGCCUAACAGUUUUUGGAAUAAGUCCAUGUUACAAAAACCUACAGAUGGACGUGAUGUGGUAUGCCAUGCUUCAGCCUGGGAUUUCGGUAACACCAAAGAUUUUAGAAUCAAGAUGUGUACAGAUAUAACAAUGGAGGAUCUGAUAACCAUCCAUCACGAGAUGGGACACAUCCAGUAUUACCUUCAAUAUAAAGAUCAACCGACAGUCUUCAGAGGUGGGGCCAAUCCAGGGUUCCAUGAAGCUGUUGGGGAUGUGCUGGCUAUAUCAGUAGCUACUCCGCGUCACCUCAAUAAAAUUGGAUUGUUACCAAACUUGAAAGAAGACAAUGAAACGGAUUUAAACUUCCUGAUGAGUUUAGCUCUGGAUAAGAUUGCCUUCCUACCAUUUGGGUAUUUAAUAGACCAAUGGAGGUGGAGUGUUUUUAGGGGUCAGACGCCACCCGACGAGUACAACAGACAAUGGUGGGACUUGAGAUGUAAAUAUCAAGGAAUAUCACCACCAACAAAAAGAACAGAAGACGAUUUUGAUCCUGGAGCUAAAUACCAUGUUCCUGCCAACACUCCAUAUAUCAGAUAUUUUGUAAGUUUCGUGAUCCAGUUUCAGUUCCAUAAAGCUCUAUGUCAGGCCGCCAACCAUACUGGACCUCUGUAUAAAUGUGAUAUUUACCAGUCUAAAGAAGCCGGGCAGAAAUUAGCAAAUAUGCUGAGUCUUGGAACUUCCAAACCAUGGCCAGAGGCAAUGGAAGCGAUUACAGGACAACGUAAAAUGGACGUUAGGCCUUUAGUGGAGUUUUUUACGCCGCUGCUGGAUUGGCUCGAGAAACAAAACAGCGGGAAGAAGUUCGGUUGGUCAGAUGAAUGUCCGACUGGAACGGAUGGUAAGAUUAGAGAUUUGGAUGCUGCCCGGAAGUGGUUAAAACAAUACGACAAUAUGGCGACUGAUGUUAGAUUUAAAUCAGUAGAAGCGGAGUACACUUAUAGCACCAAUAUAACUAAAUAUAACAGUGGACUAAAGGUAUGA